AAGUACGAUCAAAUCUGGCCAGAAAAUAAGCUCAUUAACGUCCAAAUUUGCGCUGCAUAACCACUGCGAUUGUUAGUCACGAUGUAGGCUGGUCCCAAAAAACGCUUCUAAAUUUAGCACGGCCGGACGGACCAUGUUGCCGUCCGUGUGCAGCUGGUCGAGUGCUGUAACCGAUUUGACUCUCGCUACCCCGUCGUUGUUUUAAGGCCAGCGGCUAGCUUGCAGGUGGUUUGGCGUAAAGGAGCGAGCAAAGCUGACGUACAGAGCAGACAUACAACACUUGUCAAAGUGUCGGCGUGCUGCACGUUUAUGCUCAACACAAGUGCGAGGGUGCCGGUGUGUUUCUCAGAGAGAGUGCAAUGUUCAACCUGUCUCUUUGUAGUAGAAGGUUAGCAAAGCCGCAAUGGCAAUUUUGGAAGCUUGUUUGGGGUGCUUUGGUUGGCAAUGAGAUAAGUCAUCUUCAUCGAAUUAGAUUGCAAAAAAACCUCUUGGCUUAGUUAAGAGCUGAUCGCCCCCCCCUCCUGGUUUUUGGAUCUUUGCUCCAGCUUAUCCUACUUUUGGACUCAAGGGUCCUGAUUUGAAACAAUUAUGAGCUGAGACUCGAGCGGUGGGAUUGCAGGAUUUGGCCAUCUGUUUGUUUGCAUUUGUCUCUGCACGAAAAGACAAUCUCCAAGAAAGCGUGAGUUAAAAAAAAAAAAAAAAAUUAUUCUGGCAACUCUGUAAGGAAGAUUGAAGGUGGCUUGGUUAUGUACCUGAGGGGACCCACAGACUGAAAAUAGUGUCCCUCUUUUAUAAAACAACCAGGAGUCUCUAAAAAUGUAAAAAUCGGCCACAAAGCAAGAGUGUUUGUUGACGGCAAGUUGUAAGGGUGGAAAAGUGCAAAAAUAGCAAAAUGCUCAUAGAAAUUGUGGCGCUAAAUUCAACAUUACAAUUCAUUUAGCACACCAUGCAUUUAACUAGCUGUUAGCAGUUAGCCACAAGUUCUUGGCUCAUAACCAAUUGUGUUUACCCAAUCUGAAAAUGCAGGUUCCAAUGUGUCAAGUACAACUUCACUGCCUUGUCUUUUCCCGCCCGUUUGCCUAAAGAAAAAAAAAAAAAAAACUGGCCACACCCCUCAGUUUCAUAACACUCUCUUCCCUGUGUGCGAAGCUCACACACACAAGUAGUAGCUUCAGCCUGGAGACGGCUCGAGGACUAAGAGGAUCUGCUUGCCCGUCAGUCACUACCACAGGGGGGACACGACCGCUUAUCGGUUCCAGUCAACGGCGGCAACAUGGAGGAAAAGUCUAAGCAAAGAAGAAUGACCAUGGAUUUUUCCCAACUGCACACAUACACGCCGCCGCAGUGUGCUCCGGAGAACACCGGCUAUACCUACUCCCUCAGCUCCAGCUACUCGACGGCAGCGUUGGAGUUUGAGAAGGAGCACCAGAUUGCUCCGGUCUACGAGUCGCCCAGGAUGUCACGGCGGAGCCUGCGUCUGCAAAACAUGGCCGAUCACCAUGGCAACGACAGCCUUAUGGACUACACCAGAAGCCAGAGCAGCUAUGCUUCCAGGAAAGAGUCACGGACGCUCCGGGGGAGAAAGCUGCAGUCCAACACCUUGUCGUUGUCCCUGAGCCAAGCCGACACGCCCAGGCAGCACCUCAGCUUCUCCGCCAUCUGCACCCCGUUAAGCAGCAGCACCAGGGUGGAGGAAAGCAACGCGGCGGCGUUUGCCGGCAGCCUGCGUGACUGCGCCGCCGACCACCUGAGACAGCGCACCGUCACGACCACCACGACGUCAGUCGACGGCAUCUGGGGAAGGACGUCCCACUCCGUGCACGGCUCGUCCAACGUCAACGGCGACGUGGAUGCUUCCAAGUCCUACGUGACGCACGCCAACGGCUUCAUCUGUAAGGACUGCUCCUUCCAUUCUGAAAAGAACGACUCCCUCAUCACGCACACGUCAUCGACAUCAUCGCCGUCGUCUCGCGCCGAAGGAGCGUGCGCCGAUUCCCUCUACUACUCGUCGUCACCUUUCGCAACUAUAUACACCAGAGACCGGAGUCAGAAGAACAAGACAGGCAUCCUAACGUCAGUGUCCAAUACGUGCGUGCGUCUGAGCAAAAAAGUCCUGGCUCCUUUUGUGUCUAUCUUCACCAUGCUUUGCAGCAGCGUACUCUGGCUACACACGCGAACCACAAGCGGCACACAAGGAAGAGCAGGCGUCUUUGCGUCAUGCACGGACUCCCUGAGACAGACGGCGUCCUCCAGUUUGUCCCAAGUGUGGCUACUCAAGCGCAGGGUGAUGGGCGACAGCUCUGAAAACUCUCAAGUACAAGCUCACUCGAGUUACUGUGGAAGCAUGAAUGUUAAAGAUCUGGUGACAGAAGACGCAUCACAUCUCAAUCUCAAUGGUUCCCUAUGUGAUGACUGUAAAGGGAAGCAGUCCUUUGAGACGCACACCGUCCUCGUCACUCAAUCCUCCAGGUCCCGGCGCCUGGCGGAGGCGCUGUGGAGCCUUCUGGCUUGCGCAGGUUACUGCUUCCUCCGGCCGGGUCACUACGCGGUGAGAGGCGCUAAAGCUUUGGGCUCAGGGGUCAGCACGCUGACGCAGAGACUGUUUACGUUGCUGUGGACAAUCCUAGCGGCUCCAGGGAAGGCAGGCCGGGGUCUUCUGUGGUUUCUCGCCAGUGGCUGGUACCACCUUGCAUCCCUCGCGUCUCUCCUCAACGUCUUCUUUCUGACACGGUGCCUUCCAAAACUCUGGAAGCUCCUCCUGCUUUUACUGCCGCUCCUGCUCUUCUUAGCUUGGUGGCUGUGGAGCCCGCCCGUCGCCGUCCUGCUCAGCUACUUACCAGCCGCAAACCUCACCGAGUGGCGUCCUUCCUCCCUGAUCACGUACCUGUCUAUCUUAAUGCCAGCCUCCGCUCCGGUUCCUGUAUCUGCUCCGGUUCCUGUACCUGCUGCAGAGUUCCAGACCUCAGCUCCCGUUUCACAAGCGCCACCAAUUGUAGUCUCUAGUUUGGACAUGGAGCGCCUCGAGCGUCUGGAGCGCCAGCUAGCGCUCCUGUGGCAGCGAGUCCAGCAGAGCGAGCAGAAGCAGGAGCAGCAGGACACGGACAUAAUGGCUCUGUACGCCACGCUGAGGGAGAAGCUCCACGCCGAGACCGACAGGGAGACGCUGGGACUGUGGGUGUCGUCCCUGCUGGAGCAGAGGCUGGGCGUGUUGCGAGGAGAGCUGAGAGAGGACCACGCCCUCAGAGAGCAGAACGAAGAGCAGCUCAAAGCGCUACAAGGGAGUCAAACGACACGGUUGGCCGAGUUGGAACUGCUGCUCGGCGCUCUGGCUGCCAAGACUGAGACCGUGCAACAGAGGCAGCAGCAAUAUGAACUUGACAAAGAGAAAAUUGAAGUCGGCGUCGCUCCAGCAGUAGACACGCCUCCUCUUAGUGUGGGAGUGAAGCAGGAGACGCACAAUGCGUUGCAGGCUGAGGUGCAAAGACUUGAGAUGGAUUUGGUAAAAGUCAGGCAGGACCUGCACGCCGUCAUGGGAUGCAGGGGCAAGUGUGAGCAGCUGGACUCGCUGCAGGAGACGAUGUCGGCUCAGGUUUCCUCCCAAGUGCGUAAGGAGUUGCACGCUCUCUUCUUCGGCAGCGGCUCGUCAGAUCAGUCUCAGGAGGAACUGCCUGAGUCUCUGGUGGUCUGGCUCUCCCAGCGCUACGCCACCACACCCGACCUGCGGGCGUCGCUGGUUGCCCUGGAGCACAGCAUCCUGAGCAAUGUUUCUCAGCAGCUGCAGCUGAGCCGUGUCGAGACUCUCAGCGAGGCCGAGUCCAAGGCCGCGUCCAUCGCUGGCGCGGCGGCCAUCACGGUGCAGAACACUGCCUCGACCGAGUGCUUGUCGGAAGAGCAAGUAAAAUUGAUCGCCCAGAAUGUGCUGAAGCUCUACUCGCAGGACAAGACCGGUCUGGUGGACUAUGCCCUGGAGUCUGGAGGCGGGAGCAUCCUCAGCACUCGCUGUUCAGAAACACACGAGACCAAGACAGCCCUCAUGAGUCUGUUUGGCGUCCCGCUCUGGUACUUCUCCCAGUCCCCUCGAGUUGUCAUCCAGCCUGACAUGUACCCAGGCAACUGCUGGGCGUUCAAAGGCUCACAGGGUUACCUCGUGAUCCGGCUUUCUAUGAGAAUCCGGCCCACGUCCUUCUGCUUGGAACAUAUUCCCAAAGCGCUGUCCCCCACCGGGAACAUCAGCAGUGCCCCUCGUAACUUCACAGUCUUUGGACUGGAUGACGAGUACCAAGAAGAAGGCGACUUGCUCGGUCACUACACCUACCAGGAAGACGGAGAAUCGCUGCAAAUCUUCCCUGUUAAGGAGCCGACGGAGAAGACUUUCCAAGUCAUGGAGGUCCAGGUGAUGUCCAACUGGGGGCAUCCCGACUACACUUGUUUGUAUCGCUUUCGAGUCCACGGAGAACCUCGCCCUCAGUGAACCAACCACUGCGAAACACAAAAAACUGUUGUACAUACAGCAAAGGCGCUCUGAAGUCCUCGUGGAUGUGAGGCUGACCAGAUGGUGGCAGGGGUUUUUUCUUUUCUUUUUUUGUGCUGAAAGAAUAACAGGGACAUCCAAAUGGAGACUUGAGGACAAGAACUGAAGUCUUUUGAUUUCCUAAGAGACAUCUUGCACUGAAUGAACUUACGGGGGCAAAAGACUAACUCAAACCACCCAAAAUGAAACGUGGAAGGCUUCACUCCCUCCUUCCUCUCAUCCUGCUUUUUAUUGGGAUUUGGCCUGUUUAUUUCUUUUCUUUUUUUUGUACCUGUUUUUAUUUUGCUGGCCAUUGUACGUGGUCAUCCAUUUUACGCCACUAGCUGAUUGGAAUGAUUUACUACUUUGUGAUGCAUUUCACCCUUUAAGGACACUGCAACCCACUUGCGGAGGUUCUUCCGCUCUGUAAAUUAAUCAGCAUAGACAAAAUGCGUCAGUGUCAUGUUGGAUGGACUUUCUCUCGCAAUUUUCUUUUAACAACGGCUUUUAAGAGAGAGUUGCCUCUGAAAGUCAUGUGCCCGGAUCUCCAAUUGGCAAUCAAUUUGGAAUGGUUAGUAUCUUCAUUACUGGGGAUUUUUUUUUUUUUAAAUAACAUUCUGUUCCUCUUUCCUUUAAGCUAAGUUAUCCGCUUCCUUUUAUCCGAGACCUAGACCAAAUGUAACCUGUAUAUUUGAUGUCCAUCAUAUAGUCUGUAUUUUUAUUAAAUUUGCUUUCAUCAGUGUUGAUUUAUAUCAGAAUAACCUAUCGCUAUUGUUUAUUAUUUUUGCCCGUUUGUUUUGGGGAAUGAUGUUUUUGUAAGGAUGCACUGCAGAUGUAGGCCUUCUUUAAUUGGGAGGGGUUGACUUGUGAUUUUGAUUGCAAAUAUAAGUGGAAUGCCUAAAUUUUGUACAAAAAAUGUUUUAUCCCACUUUUUUAUUUAUUACAAGGUCAAUUGAUGACUGUGUUAAACGAAUUCUGCCUUGUAUAUUUUGUCGAAAGCUAUUUAGUGCAUUUUGAAAACAUCUUGGGAUUUAAUUUUGUUUUUUUUAAGAAAAAAGAUAAAUGGCUAUUUUUGGUUGUCGUAAGACAAGUGCUUUGGAAUAUAUUCCAAUAAAGAGCUUAAUUUUGAA